AGCAAAGCAGCGGCGGCCGGUCACGUCGACAGCGUUGCGCGCAGGAGCCGUAUAGCUCUGAGACGACGCGCCACGCAGCUUUUUGCACGGCUAACGCUGGGAUUCGCUGGCAUUCGUGGAGUAGAAGCUCGUCGAAAUAAGCAUGUCUCGUGUUGACAUCCAAGGGCCUAACCAAACCAUCCUGCUCCCUGGCGCGAGCGCGCACGAGUAUUCUCCCGCCGAGGGCCCGAUCAACGACGUCGAUUUGGUGAAAAACCCUUUGCCCGCUUACGACAGACUAGUACGGAACAACCACGUCGACGAGCCGCCCACGCAGUGCCUUGUGGACGCUGCUACCCACGGGUCCUCUCCCGUCCAGAGCCUACCGGAGCAUCUCAUGUUCGCCAUCCUCGACUUCGUGCGCGACGCCCACGCUUUCGUGAAGUGCGAAUCGGUGUGUAGAGCCUUUUGCGGUCUGUUGCAGAGCCCGGCUGGCAUUGGGCGCAAGCUCUGGGAGGCGCGACCUAUUCUUUACGCCCAAAGCUUUGCCCUCUCUCCCCAAAGCGAUGUUGGGAACGGCGGGCGGCGGGCCGUGCUGGAGUUAGUCGUUUUCGAGAGCUAUGAAGACGGAGAGUCUCAGAGAAUUCUAGCUCGAGACGACAGUGUCGUGUAUAAACUUGUUCCACCUGCUCUGUGGACUCGAAUCGUGACGGAUCUCCACGCGCGGUGCCGCCCACUAUCCUCGCACUUACCGAGUCUGGAGCUAUCGGACGUCUUCGUGAGGGCACUGACUGAUGUCGUAGAGUCGUGGGUCCAGCGCCUGAUCAAGGGCGCAUUGAUGUGCUCCGCUCACCGCGGCUCUAGCACCAUGACUGCCGCGGACAUCGAGCUGGCGCGCGCUCUCACGCAAGAUAAGACCAUGACGCCAAGACAGAUUGGUACUUAUGGUGUGUGGGAGCCGGACGUUCGGCUCGCCAGACGGUCUGUCACCACACUGUUCCCCCGGGGUCGGCGCUUCUCUGCCGACGCGCUGCCCGAGCUUUCCGUUGAGGCGAAGGAUAGCAUAAUCCGCACGCUCGUGCGACGAAACCGCGGCGUGGCUUACAAUGGGCGAGCCUACGAGCUGCUGUGGGUUUUAAUAUUGGCCCGCAUCUGCAAGUUGCUGACCCGGGUCGCUGAGCUUGUCCACUACCGCCAUGCCCCGCAACACCUCAUGACCGCGCUUGGUAUGUAUGGAAAUUAUUCUGAACCAGAGAGGGCGGAGGCGGCGAGGGCGGCGGCUAUGUUACGCGAACGGACGUAUCCCGCGACCCUCAAGGACCUCGCCCACAUUCUGAAGGACGACCCGUACGCGCAGACCUACUCGUGGGCCGAGUACUGGGACACGUCGGACGAUUCGGGGGACGAGCACUCGAUCGGGCGGCUCUCCGACACGUCGGACGACGACUCGUCGAUCCGAAGCUCGGACAUCCUCCCGGACUCGGACCUGGACUAGAAGUAAGUAGCGUGUGACUCGUG